UCACUACAGUAAAUAUUUAUAACCUCAAAAAGUUACUUAUAGGAACAAGAAAACAAAAACAAGAAGUGAAAUUGCUACAUGGAAAAAUGUUGUUGUAAAACGGACCUUUUCGUUUACAUCGUCAGAGUUAAUGUACAUAUCGUAAGAAAAUAAUACAAAAUGCGUCGAAAUAAGCGGCUAAGUAUAAAAAAGGAGAAGGAGGACGCUAAAACUCGGGCAUCUGCUAACAAGGAGCAAGAUUUGGCUUACUACGUCCAUGACAGAGUCGAGUUGAUGAGACAAGUGUUUAGUACGUUGUCGGCUAAAGAAAUCAAAGCUAUGGCCCCCGAGUGCAUCAGGAAACUCAGCAAUGAUGAGAUAGAAGAGCUAUGUUUGGAUGAGUUACUAGGCAUCAGCUCAAAGCGAGUGUGUGCCAUCAUCGACGGAGCGGAGCCCCCGUCCGACACCAGUUCCAGCGAGUCAGACUCAAGUAAGAGCAGCAAGACGGAGCCAGAGGUCCUGGAGACCAUCUCCUUGGACAGUGAGACGGAUGCCAGCAGCAGUCGGGCGUCUAAAAAGCGCCACAAGAAGAAACACCACAAGAAGGCCAAGUCCACAGCCCCCGCCCCCGCAGCCCCCGCGGCCCCCGCGCGCCCCGCGGACACCGUGCUAGAGUUACUGGAGCUGCAGGCGAGGGCGCGCGCACUGCGGGCUCAUCUCAGUCAUAGUGCUGAAGCACCAGCAGCGUCUCCAGAGUCCUCGGACGAGGUGGUGGUGAAGGAGGAGGCGCCCCCCGUGCUGGAGAUCAGCUCCGAUGAGGACACCAAGCCGAAGGUGGAACAGGAGACGGUGGAGAAACCACCGGACCCUCCACCGCCGCCGCCACAGCCCGCCGCCGCUGUAGCUACCGGGCACAAGAAAAAAAAGAAAAAGAAACAAAAGACCAAAGAGGUUGAAGUUCCGCCUGCCGUAGAACCACAGACUAAUACUGUGACCACAGAUAAUGAUGAUGUUGUUGUCAUUGAUGAAGAUGAUGCAGAAGAAACUGGUGCUGUAGCUGAAAAACUACCAGAAAAACCCACAGAAGUAGAGAAAGAAAAACAUACGGAAGUAGACACAGAAAGUGAACCAGAUUAUAGAAUAACUGUUCCACAGAAUAUACCCGCUGCAAGAAAGAUCAGUAUGAACAAAAACAAUGUCGUAAUAUCAGUACCUAAUGUCAAAGGCAAUGAUGCUAGAGUCGCCAGUAUCGUCAAGAAUGUAAAGAAAUUGAAUUCGUCUGUUACUAAAGUCAAGAAGACUCCAAAACUACACUCUAAAGUCGUCAUACCUGCAGAUAAACAUGAAGAUAAGAAUACUUCCAAAUUAAAUACAGAUAAUUUAAAUGACAAAGCAGAAAAAAUAAACAAUGGAAGAGAAAAAGAGAAUGCAGAAAAAACUACAAAGAAAACUAAGGACAAAAAUAAAGACAAAACUCGGAAGGAAUCUACGCAAAAGACUUCUUGCCAAGGCGGUAGUGGCGACCAAGAAGAUAACUAUGAAAUAACACUUCAACUGUCCGAUAGUGAGAAAAUGGAUCUUCUAGAAGAUCUAGAUCAUAAAAAUCUAGAUAAAGUUUCGAGCUCCAGUGAAGAUAGUAGUCCUGAUAGUGAUACUAGCGAUAGCGAGGCGUCUAGCUCAGACACCAGUAAAGAAGAUGUUCCAAAUGAAGACGAAACUGUAGUUAAUACACAGCCCUUCCGAAGUGAAGCUCCCAGCAAGGUAGUAAUCCUUAAUGUUGAGGUUAUUAAACCACGUGAUCCAGAGAAAGAUCACGUAUUGCCAAUUGAAUCCAAUGGUGAAGAAAUAAGAAGCGAGACUGUUGCUGAAACAUGUGUUCCUGAGGUGCCAAAGGAAAGUACAAUAAACAAAUCGAGAACUGAAUCUCAAAUUACACCAGAAUUACUGAAAGAAUAUUCAGAUAAAGUGAAAGAGAAUAAUAUAAGUUCAGAUAAAUCAAUUGUGGUAGCAUCUAUAGAUGAUAUACCAGUAGUUCAUGAAGAAUUUGGGCCAAAAUCUUUUGAAGAUACCGUAGCACCAGCCAUAGUUGAUAAUAAAGCAAAUAAAACUGAAAUGGAAGAUUCCGUCACAAUGCCAACGGACAGAAAUUUAGAAGAAAUAAAAACAAACAGCACUAAUAAUGGGUUGUCAACAACAGCAGUGAGCAUUGCUCAAGAUGUAAAUAAUAUUGAAAAGGUAUCUGAAAUAGAAGAACCAAGUGAAAAACACACUGAACUGAGAGACAAUGACAGCAAUUUUGAAGACAAAGAAAAACUGACGACGGAAGAAGGAGAAUUACAAGACCAAUCUGAUUCGGAGGUAGAAGCUUUCGAGGUGCAAACAGAAAUAGUUUGCAUAUCUGACGAAGACGAAGCACCAGUCAAAAACGUAAAACAGAAAAAGAUUAAAAAGAACAAAAAAGAAAAGAAGGCUAAGAAACAGAAGAAAGAAAAUUUUCGUGAAGUUGCCGACCAAAACUUUUACACCCAAAAAGACGAUGAACCAGAAACAAAUAAACCUCCCAUGACAGAUAAUACGGACGAUAAAAGCCCCACUAUUUCUAAAGUUACUCAAGAACAUAUUGUUUUUAAUCCUGAAAGCCCUGUCGAUAUCGACGCAUAUGAUGACGAUGAUGUUUAUGAAAUUCUAGAACUAUCCGACGAUUCGUCGUGCUACGAAGUAGACGGUGUCUCGGUUCUAUCUAAGGAGCCAACGUCUGAAGAAAUAGAAGCGUUAAGUGCCAAAAUAGACCAAAUAGAAAGAGUGGACAUAGUCAGUGGCGAGCGAAUAGAAGAAGUUGAAACGUCAAAACCUGUAAAUGAAGAAGAAACAAGAACAGAAACUAUAGAAAAUAUUUCAUGGAAAGACCGGUAUUUAGACAGCACAAAGGUUAAAAAAGUGUUGACAACUGCGAAUAUUCUGAAUGCCAUGCGCAAGAAGAAUAAGGAAUUAAAAAAGAAACUGAUUGAGUCAAAGAAGAUAGAGGAAGAAGCUCCACAGGAAAUAGUAGAAACUCCAGUCGAAGAACCUGUUCAGUUAAAUGUUGAGGAAGGUUCCAUAGAGCACUUUAACCUUCUAGAAGGUUCUACUAAAUAUGUAGACCCCGUGAAAGAGCCAGUAGUAGAAAAAGUCACUGAAACUGAUCCAGAAACCACAACAGUUGAGGAUAAACCACAAGAGGUUCUAACGAAAGAAAUGAAAAAAGACGCUAAACAGUUGCUCAAAAUGUACAAGCGGCUUCUUAAAUAUAACGAUAUGCAUAAAGAAAAAGAUCCGAAUAAGAAAAAGAAAACUAAAAAACAAAAGAAGAAGAAAGAUGGCGACCCUGUUACCAGUGUUGCUUCAAUAGAAAAUGUACCAAUGGUCGAGAAAUGAGUAUUUAUUUGUUUAAAAAUACAUAAGUAUAAUGUAGCAUAAGUACUGUAUAAUUAUUAAUCACAAAGGUGGUUUGUCUGAUGAUUAUGAUAAUAAAGAAAUAUAACAAUG